UAUAUAAACGUGGAUCGUGGGUGAGUUGUGGCUCAAAGAAAUAUCCAGAGAGGCUGACAACUCUGCAGAGAAUAGCGUAAACAUGAAGUCCAAUGUUGCUGUGUUCGUAGUUUUCUCUCUUCUCCUGGUUGGGAGUUUGAGCAGCGCAAGAAAAGACCUAGACGGGUAUUGGAAGGAGACGAUGAAGGAGCAACCUAUGCCAGAAGCAAUUAAAGACCUUAUCGAGGAUUCCCAGGUAUCAGAAACAGGGAAGGAUCGUUUCAUCAGAGACUUCGAUGUUAAGCCUAAUGUCAUAUUGUAUCACACCCAUGUUGUCUCCAUGAAACAGACGCAGAAGAAUCAAGAUUGAAGCUCCCAUAAGAAAUGUGAGGGAUAGAUAUUUAGCAGCUAAUAAUAAAUUACUGUUUCAAAAUUUGUACUAAAAGUUUGAACCCUUUAGUAUAGAUUUAAUCCUGGUGCUUAUCUAGCAGUAAUCCUUCUUUUAAUUUUAAUUAAUUUGCAGCAUCUUGCUUUUAUUUA